UCGGCGCUGCCCGAGAGAAUGAGGCAGGAGCCGGUGGCAGCCUCUUCUUUCUUCUCCUCUUCCUCCUCUUCGCCUUUCUCCGACUCCGGCGCCCCGGGCCCGGGCCGGGCUGUGGCUCUGCUGCGUGCCCCGCGCGCCCCCCGCCCGCCUCCGGAUGCGCUGCUCGGUUAGCCUGGGGAGGAAGAUAAAGACAUUUGCAACCAAGAUGGUAAUCACGAGUGGAAAUGAUGAGGACAGAGGAGGCCAAGAAAAAGAGAGUAAAGAGGAGAGUGUCUUGGCGAUGCUGGGGAUUAUUGGGACCAUUCUGAACCUAAUCGUCAUCAUAUUUGUAUACAUAUACACCACUCUCUGAAUGGCCUCGGGAUGGCCGAAGGACAGGAGUCCUGCUUGUCGGCAGAUCAGUGACUGGACGCUGUACCAACAAGCGACCUUGACCUACAUACUCCGCUCAGUCAAAUGCACCUUCAAACUUGAUAAAGGGUCACCAAAAUAAACCGAUCCUGCUACACAAGGAGCAGACACUAAAGCACAAUGAAUCCAACAAAACUCAUUCACCCAGCAAGGAACUCAACGUCGCUGGUAGGGGGCCCGAAAGAACGCCUGGAAGACCAGCCUUUGACGCCAUCGGGGAGCGGAUGGGUGCAGAGAUUCGUUAUCCCAGAUCGCUGACACAUGUCACGUAUUCAAAGAGAGGAACAAAGUGGAUGCAGCUCACCAUGUCUCCCAGGACACGCGUUUCCUCCUAAUCCGAUGAGCUGUUUAGUACAAAAAACCACAGGGACAAUCCUUUGACAAGCAUCCCAUUCAUCAAAAGUGUCUGACUAUUUGAUACCGGGGAGAUAACUUAUUUUUCUUUUUUCAUUGGCUUGACGUGUGUAUCUGUUCAUAUCAAGGUUUAUAAAUAUAUAUUUUUAAUAAAUGUGCUCUAUUUUUUAGCAUGAACCAAAUACUUGGGGAGGCACCCCCGGAUCCAUAGAGCUUUCCUUGGUUUUACCUGCUUAAACCCCUAGACUGCAGACGAACGUUGUGAAAUCACUCUCGUCCUGAUUCGCUCCUCUUGAAUCCUUUACCUCCUCUCUCCUUGCUCUUUUCGGUCUGGAGGAUGUUUUUCUGUAAUAUACCAGCCAGGAUCUUGGUUGGUGCAUGUUUCAAGAUUGUCCAUUGAGCGGCUUUUUGUUGUUAUACCGGAGAUACCAAACGAUCGUGGGCAUGUGGACCUUGGAUGCACUGUAUCCUUACUAAGAAUGAUGCAUGAACAAGGGCUGAGAGAUAGAUCAGCUUUAAAAAAUUUUUACAAGGACUACCGUGGAGGAAGAGCGCAGCUACCUUUGUAGAUCAACUGUAGGAUGGAGUAUUCUUAACAGCAACAUUAUUAUUUCAUUCUUGUGAUCAUUUGUUGAGCAGAUUUGAUUUUAAUGGCCGCAUACCGUGAGAGAUGAGAACAGGGGGGAAGCUCAGCAUUAGGUGCCUAGUUCCAUCCUUAGCAAGCCACUUGGGAUCCUUUCCAAAGUAGGUGGGGUGCAAAUGGCACAAGGACUCCCCACUGUAAGAGCUCACCUGGGUGUUUCAGGCUAUGAGAACACCCCUGUGACAGGUGACUUUUCAAGGUCACUAGAAGGGGACGCAAUGAUCACCCUCAAAGACUGCUGUGUUUCUUAAAGCUCCUGGUUUAUACUCACCUGCUACUUCCUCUCUGGCAGGGACAGUUCAAUAAAUCUGAAUUUGCCCUGUGCUCCUGGCUCCCUGAGACGGGCCUUUGACUGGCUGCAGUGGCGUGGCCUUAGAAAGAGGGUUAGAAUUCCUUCUGCCAGCGCCAGCCUUGCCUGUGGGCCAAAGAAGCAGCAGUCUUCUUAGUUGGAUUCAAAGGUUGCCCAGGAUGUCUCUCCUGCCAGAUCUCUCCCUCCUGAUGUUGUGGUGUCUGAAAUUCCACCAUUAGAGAGUCAUUUCUUGGGCUCUUCUAAGGGACCAGGCUCUUUUAUGCAGUAAAUGCCCUGAGAACCUGGCUCUCAUCAGGUGUCUUCCCCACCAGAAGGAAGGAGGCUGAUGUGCAUUCAGGGCACACUGUGUGCCAGACACUCUAUUCUUUAAGUCAUUGAAUUCUCAUGGUAAGUGAGAUAGGGAGUUUUUGCCCUACAUUGUAGAAGAGAAAGGAGGGCUUAGAGAGAUCCAGAAACUUUCCUGUGGUCAGGUGGCUACUAGUGGUGAGUCAAGAUGCAAACCCCCGAUCUCUCUGAUUCUCUGGCCUAGUGAGGGUUGGUAAAUGCUGGGGAAAGAGGAGGUGGAGAGGUGAGGACGGUCCAGGAGAGGGCCCUUGGGGGUCAGAUACAAAUCCACGGCUUUGCUGGCCUCUGCACACCUUCCUACCCUCCCUCUUAAGAAAUGAACAAUCCCUGGGAACUCCUUGCACACGGGCAGGAGGCCAUAGACAUGAGGACGAGGCACAGGAAGGAGACUGGUUAGGAAUGUAAUGGACUGUCGGGUGAGGGGGCUGUCUCACAGCUUCUGUGUGGUUCUAGAAAGAUUGUAUGAAAAUUCUGAACAAUGAACAAACAAUAAAGGUGC